AUGGAUUUAUUCGCUAUUGAUUUAGAUUUUGAACCAUCUGAGGCAAAAACCCAGAGAGAAAAACGAUUAGAAGCAAAAGUUACUUUUGACCCAAAAGAUUGGACGCCUAGAAUACAAGAUUUUGGUCACUUAAGCAAAGAUGGUGUUGUUUUAGGAGAUCCCGUCUAUAUACAGGAACAGUCCAAGUUUGCUGCCGAAGAACAGUAUUACCUCUGCAACUAUCAGCUUGCAAAAACCUUUGCUUUACAGGCCAUGCAAAAACCAACUGAUACCUCACUAGAAUAUCACCGAUUGACAGGCGGUGAAGUGCACGAGUUGGAAGAUGUUGUUCGCCGUAGCGAAAAAAAGCUUCAGCAUUCUGGAGCUUAA